UUGAUGUUUGUUGUCUUUGGUGCACUAUUUACGGCUGUGCAUAACUUUUUCUCCACACCAAACGAUCGGUGGAGAGCAUUAUUCAAACGUUGCGAUUAUUUUUUGCUCGUUUGCUUCCCCCUCGGUCCUGCGUCGAACUCCCUGGCGGUACUUGCCAUACCGCAUCACUAGCUUGCUAAACGAAUGCCAAAGUGGAACAGCUGGUACCGAUUUUGCAGCGCUGGGAUCUGUUCGUGAGGAUUUGGUCUGCCGGUAUGGCAAACGAGAUAACCACGGAACAGCAUCCGGAGGCCGCGGGCACAGUGACCGUUUACCUAUCGCCCUUGGUGUCGGUUGGGGCCUGUUUUGCGAUAUCCGUAAUUUAUGUCGCUAGCUUGUACGUAUGGAACUCCAAACACGACCGCGAUCAUCCUUCAACCAUAAAGCGACGGUUUUUUAGCGUGUUUGUGGUAAUGCUCGUAGCUCCAUUUUUCGUGCUAACCCUUACCAGCAAGGAUGUGUUCCAGCGGUACACGAUGUGGCAGAUAAUGGGCUUCCGGAAGGAAGGGCUGUUUACCGCCACGUUCGUUCCCCUGCUCCUCACGAUGGUUCUGUUUCUCGGUCCGCUCAGCGUACAGCUAUCGAACGGCAUCUGGCGCAUCUACUCCGAGCCGAUGUACUGGAUGAAUGCGGUGCGCAAUCUGGUGUGGCUGCGGAACCACCUGGUGGCGCCACUGUCGGAGGAAUUCACCUUUCGUGCCUGUAUGUUGCCCCUGCUGUUGCAAACGUUUCGACCAUCAAUCGCAAUGCUGAUCACACCGCUUCUGUUCGGGCUGGCGCAUCUGCACCAUAUUAAGGAGCGCCUGCAGAACGGGCGCCCACUGCGGGAGGUGCUGAUAAUAUCGUUCUUCCAAUUUUUCUACACCACCAUCUUUGGCAUCUACUCGGCACAUCUAUUCGUGCGGUCGGGACAUUUUGUCGCACCGUUCGUUGUGCAUGCCUUCUGCAACCAUAUGGGAUUUCCCGACGUCCAGGAGGUGCAAUCGCAACCGCAACGUAAAAAGUAUCUGUUCAUUGGAUUUUAUGUGCUCGGGCUGGUCGGGUGGAUUGUCCUACUGCCUACGCUAACAACGCCAAGCUGGUACACUAACAAUUUGUUCUGGGCUGGUGAACUAUAACUUUACGAGAAGAGACGAUUGUGCCAUUGCGCUACUUGCCUGGUUGUUCCAUUUCCCUUAACAUACGUAUGUGUUCUAUGUCUUGCUUAUUUAACAAAACUCGAUCCAUUCUAGUGUGACUAAGUGGUAUCCUAAUUGUUUCCCUCGUACCGUACGUGUGUUAUUAUAGGCUUUCUGUCUCAAAAUAAGCUGUAUAAGAAAACUCAAUCUGCAUCACGAUUUCAGUUGAAACAAAGCGAUCUGUUCAAAAUAGUGAGAUAGAUACACCGAUGAAUGAAACUAGCCAUUACGCGCGCUACUAUUUCUUAUCUAGAAUAAUUUAUUCCAUGCCAUCCCAGAACUCGCUCGAGUUACAACAUUUACAAUUACAACCACAUACAGAUGGUACAUACCAACAAACUGUGCUGUUAGGAAAUAGUAGGGGGAACAAUUAAAAUGAACACCCGAGUGCACUUCGAAUCCGAAAAGCAUGAACACGAGUCACAUCACAUUGUGAGAAAGACUGUUUUGAGAAAUGUUUUGUGUUAUAAUAAAGUAUGGUAAUUAGCUAAAACUGA